AUGGUUGCCAAGGAAGUUUCCGCUAAGGACACGCCAGGGAAGGCAAAGAAAAGCAAGGAGGGAAAGAAGGAGAAGGGGGGGGAUACGGCGGAGAAAGCGGGAAAAGGGGAUAACAAGGGAAAGGCGGCGGAGACGGUGGAAAAUGCGGCGAAGGAGGCGGGGAGCAACAUUAUGAGCGCAGUGGCGUUCGACACGCUGCACAUCUGCGACGGCACGCGCAAGGGCAUCGAGGAGAUGGGCUUCACGCACAUGACGGAGGUCCAGGCUCGGACCAUACCGCACCUGCUGGCUGGGAAGGACGUGCUAGGUGCGGCGCGCACAGGCUCGGGGAAGACCCUGGCGUUCCUCAUCCCCGCUAUAGAGCUGCUGUUCCGCGGCAACUUCAUGCCGCGCAAUGGCACGGGCGUGAUUAUCAUCUCUCCCACUCGCGAGCUUGCCAUGCAGAUCUUCGGAGUGGCUCGGGAUUUGAUGUCCCACCACAAGCAGACCUUUGGCAUUGUGAUGGGCGGUGCGAACCGCAAGGCGGAGGCGGAGAAGCUUAUAAAGGGGACGAACCUGCUGGUGGCGACGCCUGGGCGGCUGCUGGACCACCUGCAGAACACCAAGGGGUUUGUCUUCCGGAACCUCAAGUGUGUGGUGAUCGAUGAAGCGGAUCGCAUCCUGGAAGUGGGAUUCGAAGAGGAGAUGCGGCAGAUUCUGAAUCUCCUGCCCAAGGACCGCCAAACGAUGCUCUUCUCAGCCACUCAGACCACCAAGGUGGAGGACCUGGCACGAGUCAGCUUCAGCCGCACUCCCGUCUACAUUGGUGUCGACGACGGGCGGCACAAGGCCACGGUGGAGGGCCUGGAGCAGGGCUACUGCGUGGUGUGCAGUGAGGAGCGCUUCCUGCUGCUGUUCACAUUCCUCAAGAAGAACCUCAAGAAGAAGGUCAUGGUCUUCUUCUCCUCGUGCGCUGCAGUCAAGUUCUACUCGGAGCUUCUAAACUACAUUGACAUUCCCGUGCUGGACAUUCACGGCAAGCAGAAGCAGCAGAAGCGCACGACCACCUACUUUGAGUUUGUGAACGCGGACAAAGGGAUUCUGCUGUGCACGGACGUGGCUGCGAGGGGGUUGGAUAUCCCAGCGGUUGAUUGGAUCAUUCAGUACGACCCGCCCGAUGAUCCCAAGGAGUACAUUCACAGGGUGGGACGAACCGCAAGAGGGGAGGGCGGCAGCGGGCGCGCUCUGCUCUUCCUCAUUCCAGAGGAGCUCCAGUUCCUGGUGUACCUGCGGUCGGCCAAGGUGCCUCUGAACGAGUACGAGUUCCCCAGCCACAAGAUCGCCAAAGUGCAACCGCAGCUGGAGCGGCUGAUAGCCAAGAACUACUACCUGCAUCAGAGCGCCAAGGAUGCUUACCGGGCCUACCUGCUGGCCUACGGCUCGCACGCACUCAAGGACACGUUCAAUGUGCACCGGCUGAACCUGCAGGGUGUUGCAGCGUCGUUUGGCUUCAGCAGCCCACCCAAGGUGGUGAUCAACAUGGAUAGCAACGCGUCCAAGUUCCGUAACAAAGCACACAAAGGUGCUCGAGGUCCGGGGAAAUUCAAUGCCAGCAGCGGACACGCCUUCAGCGCGAGUAAUCCGUAUGGGAAGCGUGAAAGCGGCGACAAAAGGCAGUUCACUAGAAGCUAG